GUUUAAAUGAUGGUGAAAAGGAAUAUGUUGAAUUAUGUAUGCUCAUCUAAAUGGUUAGCAUGAAGGAGGAGAACGUUUUGUUGGUGACUUCCUAGGAAUUCAGUGUUCACAUUGUUAAAAGAUGUAAAAACUUAUCACAAUAGAACCAAGAAGAUAGACGAAAAACCUGUUACUUUUACCACUUGAUAGCUUUUUUAAAAUAUAUUGUGUGAAAUAAAGGUACAAAAAUAUUAAAUGAGUUCGAUGAGUACGUCUGAUAUGCUUAAAGUUUCCGGGAUUGUCCCUGUGCGGUACACAUUGUCGAUGGUUCAAAGAGGUUGGCAGUACUGACGUUCUUAAUGGACAUGCUCUAUAAUUUAUUUUUUAUUUUAUUUUUAUUUUACUUUUUAUUUUUUAAUUACUGGAUUGCACGAUUGUAAGAAGCGGAGAUCAGCUAAAAAUAGAAGAAAAAGAAAAAUUGAUUAAAUAAACUGCUUUAAGUACACAAUUUUCUAUCCUUUCGUAAGAAAUAAUAAAAAAAACUAAAAAUGAAGUAAAACUCAGUUUUGACAAAAAAUACAUGAAAAAGAAAAAAAAAUGACUCGAUUCAUACGUACACGUUGUCAGGAACAAUAAAGGCUACUAGCACGAAGAAAAGAAUUCCAUUGAAUAGUAGACGGUAACAUGAGAUAAACAACAUUCACUAAUAACAUUUCCAUAGUUAUAAUGACUGAGACGGCGAGGGUGGAAAAAAUGAAUACAAAUAAUAGCAGAAGCAGCAAUGCAGCGAUGAAUCCUAUAUCCAAUGCUUUUAGGUAAUACAUUUUUGCUUCAAUAUAACUUUAUUUUCUUAGAGAUGCAUUACUUACACAUACAGAAUACAUUUGCGCAAAUGUUAAGUAAUAAACGGUUGUAUCUAAAAAAGCAUAUUUUAUUGCUUAAUAAAAACAGAUUCUGUUCGGUAGAUAAUGGUUAUAGGUAUUAUCGUUUUACAGAGUAUAAGCCAUCAUUAAAUAUGGCAAGAAUAAUGUUGUAUAAUCUGUGAAUAUUGCUGUUGUAUUCUCCAAAAAUGUUUUUUUCUUAUGGAUGAUAGGAAUAUACAGCUAAAUGUAUCGGUAAACUCUUAUCAAUUGUGUAAUAUUUAUGUCAUUUCAACAGAUAAGUGAAGAUAUUCGAGUGACUCCUGAUAGUCUUCUUUAGAUGUUCAAGAGUAUUAUACAUAAUGAUAAAUCAUAUAGCAUACUUAUAAUUUUGUUUAAUAUUAAUUGAUGAUGGUAAUUGCAUAGAAAUAAGACAUAUUUCUUUAAUCAUAAAUCAAGGCAUUAUCAAUAUCUUUUAGCUCGAUGGCACUGCAUGCUCUCAUCAGCGCAUAAUGAUCUGUUGGAGUACAUAUUACAUAGCAGUAAAGUGUUUGUUCGUGGCUACGAACUUAUAAAUAUUGUCGGUUAUAUUAUAUCAAUCCCAAUCGUUCAUAGUUCGAUGUCGAUUGAUAUAAAUCAAUAACCUUCCCAUGAAAUCGCAUAGCUGUCGUGUAACUAGCUAUCAAGGGUUAAAAAGAUAAGGCAGUUUAGUUAUUCGAAGUUACUACUGUUGAAAGUUAAGUUCUAUAAGAAUAUACGAAAAAAUAGAAUUGUUUAUGAAAGCUAUCCUUCUUUAUCUUGGCAUUCUUGGCACGUUUCUGACCAUAAUGUACAAACUAUUUUCGAAAAUGUAUGUGCGAAAUAUACCAUCCUAUCUUGUGUAGCAUCCUCCGAGCUACAAGAAAGAACUUUCCACGAGAAAUGAUUGUGACCAAAUGUAACCGGCGGUGAGUAAGAGUGUCUCAAAAAUAAGGGUAGUCGUACAAAAGAACUUGAGUAAUAAAUGUCUAAUAAAUAAAUUGGUAAUGCUCAAAUUUCUUUAGCAAACAAUUAUCAUCAUCUUGUGCAGGUAAAUGUUGUUAUGCAUUAAUCAUUAUCUUGAACCUGGCCAGAUGGAUAGAUUUGAAUGGUCUUUGGAUAGAGUUACCACUGAUGGUACAAGCUACACCUGAGAAAUGGGCAUUACCAUCUACUUUAGCACUCACCAUGAGCUUGGCUAAUAUAUUCCCGUUAAUUAUUAUCGUGUUAAGAUGCUGGCUAAGGAAUCGUUUUACGGAAAUACCAUUUAUGUACGUAAUUAUUGUUGUUGGAAUUUUUGCCUGUAUGGCAAUUGGUUUUGGAUGGAAAAUAACAAUGUUCGUGCUCGGUGAUGAACGGAGUAUUUGUCUGAUCAUCUCGGUAUUUUUAUUAGCGAUACUUGAUUCCUCAUCAACCUUGGUAUUUACAGAUUAUAUGAAACGGUUUCAUCCGUCCUAUUUAACUGCAAUGUUUUUUGGUGAAGGUUUGACUUCAGUAGUGCCAACAUUAUUAGCAUUAUUGCAAGGCGUUGGUGGAGAAAUCACAUGUAGAAGAAAUAAUUCUCUAACUGAUCAGUUUGAACCAUUGUAUAGUGAACCAAGGUUCAGUGUAUCGAUCUUGUUUUUCAUAUUAUCCAGUAUAAUAACAUGUUCGCUCAUUGCAUUUUUAAUACUAAGAUGGACAUCAAUUGUUUAUGUUGCUGAUGCUUUACAAAAGCUGACGACAAACAGUUAUAUUAGCGAUGAUAAUGAGAUGUUUCUUGUCAAUGGUGGCCUCAAAACUCCAAAACAAAAUGCUGAUUUAUCAACUAAACAGUUUUUUCUAUUGUUAUUCCUUUGUAUAAUAAACGCAUCAUUUAUUUUGGGUAUUUUACCAUCACUUAUUACAUACGCAUUAUUACCAUACGGUCAGAAAGCAUUUUAUUACUGUGUCAUUCUGGGUCCACUUGCUUAUCCACUGGCUGCUUGUCUCAAUGCAAAAGUUCCAACGGUGACGACGACGAUAAUUGUUUUUGGAUGUAUAAUAGGAUGUCUCGGCUGUAUAUAUAUUGUAAUAAUCGCAUUUCAAAGUCCAUGCCCAAUUAUGUCAGAUACAGUCCAUGGUGGUAUUAUAAUGAUAGGCAUUUGGUUGGUAUCGUCAUUUAUCUUGGGAUAUAUUUAUAUGGCAAGCGCUAAUCGAAUAAAACGUUCUUGGAAGAGAACUAGUGGGCUGUUUUGGCUUGGUGUUGCAGAGCAGCUAGGUACUUGUUUAGGUGUUAUACCAAUGUACCUCGUUAUUAAUACAUUUAAAUUGCUCAAAGAUCGACAACCAUGUCAAACAUAUUGUUUGUAA